CACCACGGGGGGGAAAAAAAGCAUGGCGGCCCCCAACAUGAGCGUGGGUAAACCUACCGCGGACCGUUUACCGUGCAAUACCACCAGUUUUCAGAAGAAAUCACGAAGCAAACUAGUUUCAAUACCUGGCACAAGACCUUCGAUUCAAAAUGGGCAACUUAUUGUUUCGACUGGUGUCACAUCUCUCGACUACGUGAUUGGUGGUGGUUUAGCAGUUGGAACCCUUCUCCUCAUAGAGGAAGACCGAUACGACAGCUACUCUCGUAUGCUACUCAAGUACUUCCUGGCAGAGGGGGUGGUGUGUGGACAUGAACUCUACGUGGCGUCUGCCCUGGACCACCCCAACGACAUCCUACAGGAGCUCCCCGCCCCCAUCCUGGAUGACAUCGCCAGCCCCAAAACAGUGGAGGACCAGGCAAAGUCAUCUGACCCUGAGAGUCAGGACGCCAUGAAGAUCGCCUGGCGCUACCAGCACCUGCCAAAAGUACAGACGGCCCUGGCGUCCUCGUCGAGGUUCGGACACUACUACGACGUCUCCAAGACAAUGGACCCUGAGAUCUGCCAGGUGGCCAGGUGCCACGGCUUCUACCUUCCAGAACACUCCACCGCUGUGACAUCACCCACCGCCACCGGGCAGAGCCCUAUGCCAGAGACGUACUCCUCUCUGCUGAACAAUCUCCAGGAGGUCGUCCACAGGGAAGGCUUUGAUGGAUCCGUCCCCCAGACCAAGUCACGGAACAUCCUGCGGAUCGGGCUGCACUCCCUCGGCUCCGCCCUGUGGGGUGACGACCUGUGUUGCCGUGAAAACCCAAGCCACGGCCACGCCCUCACCACCUUCCUUUACGGCCUCCGGGCCAUGCUGAGGUCAUCGCUCUCUGUCGCCGUGGUUACCGUGCCCUCACACCUCAUCCAGAACAGAGCUCUGAUGGGCAAUAUAACCAGGUUGUGUGACACGGCCAUCGCUCUAGAGUCCUUCAGAGGCUCAGAGAGAGAGACCAACCCCCUGUACAAAGAUUACCACGGUCUGCUAGAUGUACGUCAGCUGCCCUAUCUGAACUGCCUGGUGUGUGAUCUGCCCGACAACAAGGACCUGGCCUUCAAACUCAAGAGGAAGCAGUUCACCAUUGAGAGACUACAUCUGCCUCCAGACCUGUCAGAGACGGUGAGUCGUGUGAGCCGGGGAGAGCUGACAGGGACAGCCAUGGUGGGCUCCUCAGGCUGUGGCUCCGGCUCCACUGGCAACAGACAUCUGGACUUCUAGAACCCCCCUCACCAUCAUCGCCGCUGGCAACAAACAUCUGGACUUCUAGAACCCCCUCACCAUCAUCACCGCUGGCAACAAACAUCUGGACUUCUAGAACCCCCUCACCAUCAUCACCGCUGGCAACAAACAUCUGGACUUCUAGAACCCCCUCACCAUCAUCACCGCUGGCAACAAACAUCUGGACUUCUAGAACCCCCCUCACCAUCAUCGCCGCUGGCAACAAACAUCUGGACUUCUAGAACCCCCUCACCAUCAUCACCGCUAGCAACAAACAUCUGGACUUCUGGAACCCCCUCACCAUUAUCACCGCUGGCAACAAACACCUGGACUUCUGGAACCCCCUCAACAUUAUCACCGCUGGCAACAAACACCUGGACUUCUGGAACCCCCUCAACAUUAUCACCGCUUGCAACAAACAUCUGGACUUCUAGAACCCCCUCAACAUUAUCACCGCUGGCAACAAACACAUGGACUUCUAGAACCCCCUCAACAUCAUCACCGCUGGCAACAAACACCUGGACUUCUGGAACCCCCUCACCAUUGUCACCGCUGGCAACAAACACCUGGACUUCUAGGACCCCCUUUACCAUCAUCACCGCUGGCAACAAACAUCUGGACUUUUGGAACCCCCUCACCAUUAUCACCGCUGGCAACAAACACCUGGACUUCUAGAACCCCACUCACCAUCAUCACCGCUGGCAACAAACACCUGGACUUCUGGAACCCCCUCACCAUUAUGACCGCUGGCAACAAACACCUGGACUUCUAGAACCCCCUCAACAUUAUCACCGCUGGCAACAAACAUCUGGACUUCUAGAACCCCCUCAACAUUAUCACUGCUGGUAACAAACAUCUGGACUUCUAGAACCCCACUCAACAUUAUCACUGCUGGCAACAAACAUCUGGACUUCUAGAAACCCCACUCACCAUUAUCACCGCUGGCAACCAACAUCUGGACCUCUGGAACCGCUAGGACUCUUUCGCCAUGGCAACCCAUUACCCAUGGUUACUCUGCAGACUGUUACACCACUGUCACAUUGUCAACCGUUUCCCUGCCAACCGUUUUUGCCCGCCAAUCUUUUCCCUUCAAUUGGCCUAGCACUUUCCUUCCUUUACUAGCACCCUCCUUCCUUUACUAGCACCCUCCUUCCUUUACUAGCACCCUCCUUCCUUUACUAGCACCCUCCUUCCUUUACUAGCACCCUCCUUCCUUUACUAGCACCCUCCUUCCUUUACUAGCACCCUCCUUCCUUUACUAGCACCCUCCUUCCUUUACUAGCACCCUCCUUCCUUUACUAGCACCUUCCUUCCUUUACUAGCACCUUCCUUCCUUUACUAGCACCCUCCUUCCUUUACUAGCACCCUCCUUCCUUUACUAGCACCCUCCUUCCUUUACUAGCACCCUCCUUCCUUUACUAGCACCCUCCUUCCUUUACUAGCACCCUCUUUCCUUUACUAGCACCCUCCUUCCUUUACUAGCACCCUCCUUCCUUUACUAGCACCCUCCUUCCUUUACUAGCACCCUCCUUCCUUUACUAGCACCCUCCUUCCUUUACUAGCACCCUCCUUCCUUUACUAGCACCCUCUUUCCUUUACUAGCACCCUCCUUCCUUUACUAGGACACUUUGACAUUUGAUAUUUUAGUAAAUGCUAUUGUGUAGCGCGACUGUAUUGAAGUAAGGAGGCAGCGACACUCCAUCCAAGUCCCUCUAUGUAACUCUGUCAUCUUGUUGUGACUGGGCCUGUCUCAGGGAGAGAGGAGGUGGGGGGAUCAUUUCAACGGGAUAUCUGUAAUGAAACACACCAUCCUGCUAUUUCACCAUCCUGCUGUUUCACCAUCCUGCUGUUUAACCAUCCUGCUAUUUCACCAUCCUGCUAUUUCACCAUCCUGCUAUUUCACCAUCCUGCUAUUUCACCAUCCUGCUAUUUCACCAUCCUGCUAUUUCACCAUCCUGCUAUUUCACCAUCCUGCUAUUUCACCAUCCUGCUAUUUCACCAUCCUGCUAUUUCACCAUCCUGCUGUUUCACCAUCCUGCUGUUUAACCAUCCUGCUAUUUCACCAUCCUGCUAUUUCACCAUCCUGCUAUUUCACCAUCCUGCUAUUUCACCAUCCUGCUAUUUCACCAUCCUGCUAUUUCACCAUCCUGCUAUUUCACCAUCCUGCUAUUUCACCAUCCUGCUAUUUCACCAUUCAAUCAAAGGCAUCUUGAAAAUAUGUUUUUUGAUAAGUUGAAUAAAUGUGUACAAAUCCAUA